UGAGCGCGAAAUUUCAAAUGUAGGAACGAGAGCAGCAGCUUGAGUUCAGUCACUGCACACAAUAAUAACGAGUUUAACGAUUUUUUUAGUGUUUGUAAGUGAAUGAACUACUUUAGUAAAUGGAGUAACAACAGUUAGUCUACUGUACAGCUGGGGAAAAGAUAUUUUUUUUUUAAACCGGAACCAAAUGGAUAUCAACACGUAUUUACAAUGUUUUGAAAGCAGGUUGAGCUCCUACACCGGAGACGACCCUCUGGAUCCAUGGGACAAGUUUGUGCAGUUUCUGGAGCAGAGGUCACCUGCAGAAGGUGGCAGUGGGAUGUCGGUGGUGUUCGACUCGCUGGUCCAGAGGUUUCUGAACGACGAGCGAUACGCAAAUGACACCAGAUAUGUGGACUACUGCAUCAAAUGUGCCAGUUUCUACGCCGACCCUGUGGCGCUCUACAGCUACGUCUUCAGUAAAGGCGUCGGCACCAGGACGGCGGCACUGUAUGUGGCGUGGGCGCGUCACUUUGAGCAGAAGGGUCUGAACGAACAGGCCGACGCCGUGUAUCAGAAAGCAGUGGAGAACCAGGCGCAGCCGGCAGACGCUGUUCUCCAGGAGUACAGACAGUUUCAGAUCAGAACCAGGAGCCUGACACCAGGAUCAGGAAGCGUGGCUCCUUUACAGACGUCACAUUUAACCAAUCAGAUGUCGUCUCACAGAGAGCCAGUCGCUCAGAGCAAGACGUCUGUGGACCUUCUGGCCAAACCACCCGCCGUUAAAACGGUCGUAACACUCUCCCGCUCUGAGAAUUCGGGCGUGACUCGCUCACACCAGGACUCCGGCGUUCACACCGUGUCAGAGUAUCUGAAGGACGAGCUGCUCCGUGACGGGACUGAACUGUCCUUCGAGGAAGCUCGGGCAGCGAGGUACUUCCGUACGCUCCAGGAGAGGCAGCAGAGGGAGACGAGAGAAAUGGUAGAGGACUUGGUGAGGAAGCAGCUGGAAGGAAUACGCAGCAUCAAGUCCGAGUUAGAGAAGGUCGAUGGAGUUUUAGCGAACCAGCCUGCGUCACAGAAGGUGUGUGUUGUUGAAGCCGCCUCCUCUCUGGUCGGUCAUCCCACCCAGCAGCCGCUUGGUCGCCCCCCUCGGCCCUGGAACCCUCUGAGCAGCAGACGCUCUCUCGGCUUGACGUUACUCGCCAAACCAACCUUCAUGCAAGACGCCGCCGUCCAUGAAGGGAACCACCCCGGACCUGCGGACACGAGUGAUCUGAGCGCGGAGGUAUCCCAGCAUCCCUCUGUCCUCCCUGACAGGAGCGUUCAUUUACAACAACCGGCACUGAAUCCAGCACCGACGCAUCCCGCGUGUCCCCGGUCAGAGCAGGAGAACCAGCCGCUCCACAGACCCGUCUCUGCCCCCACACCUGUCCCUGCUUUGGUUCAGCCCAGCAGCUGGGAACACAACCACACGCACCAUGACGUCAGUCAGCUUCAGGAGCCUGAAGAGAAACUGAACAUGUCACAGGGAGGCUCGGUCAACCUUUCUCACGUCACUCCUAACACUUCACUGGGCUUUGUUCAGGCCACACCGUCCAGGGUGCUGCCGUCACCCACGGUCAACACGCGGGAAGCACUGGAUUUGAUCAUGGACAUGUUCCAGGCUCCGACGCUCUUAGAAGAUCCCUUUGACGACUCGUCAGUUGUCCACGCCGCCGAGAGAGAGUUUGAGAGCAGAUUCCAAAGAAAUGGAGGCUCCUCCGUGUCGUCAAAUCCCCCCGCGUCCGCUCCGUUCACCAUCUUCCAGGACGAUAAUGACAAAGAAAAUGCCAGUGCUCCUGCUGCUGCUGUUGCUCCUGCUCCUGCUCCUGCUCCUGCUCCUGCUCCUGCUGUGGUGGAGAAGCUUAAACCAGCCCGAGCUCUGGCUGAAAUCCCAGUGUCAAAGCCAGAAAAACCUAAUGAGACUCCUCCAGAUCUGAUGCCGGAUGAGAGCGCCAUGUGGGGAGCUCGCUACAACCCCCUCAACUCUCUGGCCGCGUGUCCCAACAACACCACCGACUUCGCCAUGUUGGCCCAGUUUGUCUCCACGCCCUUCACUCACAAAACGCCCUUCAGCAGCAACUUCUAUCCAGACCGAGAAAACACCUGCGACGGCAGCGAAGCUGACGACGACGCUUUCACCAGACAUCAGCCCAAAAAACUGAGUCCCAUCAUCGAGCAGAGUCCGUCCGAGGAGACGCUCUCUGAGACGGGCGCUAGUCGACUCGAGGCAUCCUCGGUGAGGCGCGGCACCAUCGUCGGCGAGGGCCUCGCCGCCACCGCCAGCCGGCACUGUCUGAGCAGCUCAUCCAUCACCAUGGUGCAGCCGCCGCCUCCUGCUGUCCUCUCCUUCAGAGACCACACACUUUGUCCCACUGAGUCCUCCAGCACCAGAGCCAGCAGCUGGGAGGAUUUCAGCAGCCCUGAGCAGGCGCAAAAACCCUCCACACUGCCCCUGCAGGCGUCUGAAGAGACUUCAGUCCAAUCAAAGACGGAGCCGUUUAAAAUCAUGGAAGAUGAGGAGGAACCCGCUGAACCGGACCAGAACCAGAAGCCAGUCUACGAUGUUCCCAUGAGUCCGGACUGCGCCCUCAAACCAGACUGGAUGACCAUCAAAAGUCCUGAGGCUAUGGUCCAGCCGGACCUGGACCUGGAUGUAUUCCUGAGUCCACACAGACCCAGCACCGUGAAUAGAACCCAGGACGUCCACAUGGUCAGAACGCCCCGGCGGACUGGAAGCCUGCGGCUGGUGUCGGACCCCUGGGACAACGACCUGGUCUGUGACCUGCUGACCUCACUGACCCCGCCCCUCACGCCUCUGCUCACCCUGGCGUCUUUGUGUAUUGUGUGUAUUCAUCGACGGCCUCAGGUCCAGAAACCGGCCAAUCCCUGGGAGUUUUACAUCCACACUCAGCUGGACACACGUCUGUCCCCGGAUGUCCGCCAUCUUUACGGCAGCGUCCGCUCGGCUCACCUCUUCCACAACGCCAGCGUCCUGCUGGAAGAGCUGCACAACUACGGCACCCUGCUGAACGUGGUGAACAUGUACAAGUGUCUCAGUGACAAAGUGAUGCCUCAGCCUCUGGUCAUCUACUUCACCGUCUGCAUCCUCCACAUGGUGGAGCUGCUGCACAGCGUCCACAUCGUCCACGCCGACAUCAAACCGGACAACUUCCUGCUGGGGGAGAGGUUCCUGGAGAACAAGUGCUUCGACUCGGAGAACGUGGACCACGGCCUCGUCCUCAUCGACCUCGGACAGAGCAUCGACAUGACGCUUUUCCCACAAGGCACCGCUUUCACCGCCAAGUGCCUGACGUCGGGCUUCCAGUGCACGGAGAUGCUGAGCGGGAAACCGUGGAACUACCAGACGGACUACUUUGGAAUCGCAGGGACCGUUUACUGUCUGCUGUUUGGGACGUACAUGCAGGUGACCAACGAAGGCGGAGUCUGGAGAACCAACGCUGUGUUCAGAAGAAACCCUCACAGCGACCUCUGGCUGCACUUCUUCGACACGCUGCUGAACAUUCCAGACUGCGGCUCCCUGCCCAGUCUGCGGCGCCUCCGCGGUCAGCUGACCGGCGUCCUGCAGCAGAGCUACAGCAGCAAACUGUCGACGCUCAAGAGCCGCCUGGUGGUUCAGCUGCUGGAGAGCCGGAAAACCAACCGCAGGUGACGACAGCGGCCACCGCGGCGACGACUCCUCCUCUUCCUCCUCCUCCUCCUCCUCUUCAUCUUAUUUUUAUUCUUAUUUUCUUUAAAACAGAUUCAGAGAAAUCGGUGAAGGUUUAGAUUCAAACGUUACAGCGCGUGUUUUUAGUUUGUACUGAAUUUGUACAUAUGAAAAAUGUAAUUAUUAUUUAGUUUAGAUUUUUACGUUUAUCAGAUUCUACAUUGUUAAAAGUUCACAAAGUGAAAAUUGUUUGUUUUCUUCUCUGAAAAAGAAUAAACUUUGUGUUGAAGUA